AUGGGCAAGAUGAAGGUCGGUGCGUUCGGCGUCAUGUACGACAUGCAGGAUACGUCCAAGGGCAUGUACUGGACCGACCCGUUUGCGGCGUCCAAGGAAGCUGUCAAGUACCUCCGCGAGGUCGAGAAGGUCGACAUGGUCAUUGCGCUCACGCACCAGUUUCUGGACGACGACAACCGCUUCUCGCAGCAGGUCAAGGGCAUCGAUAUGAUCUACGGCGGCCACGACCACGCGGCGAUGCUCCAGUCCAACUUUGGCACGACGUACCUCAAGUCGGACCUCAACUUUCGCAGCAUUUGGAUCUCGGACAUCAAGUACUAUGGCCCGGGCCGCGACACCAGUAACAAGGCGACGACGCCGUUCACCAAGAUGAGCCACAAGAACCUCCAGAUCACGAGCGGCAUGCCGGUCGAUCCCGAUUUCGAGGCCAUCAUCAAGACGUACGACGACAAGAUCAGUGGCCUCUUCAAGCGCAAGGUCGGCUCGCUCUGCGCCGAAACGGACCUGCGCAAGAACCUCGUGCGGUUCAGCGAAGCGCCGAUCGGCAACUUUUUCGCCGACGCGUUCCAGGUCUACUACACCAAGGCGACGGUCGAUGCUGCGGUCAUGAACGGCGGUGGUAUCCGCACCGACAAGCUCUGGCCCGCGGCCGACCUCUCGCUCGGCGACCUCAUCUCGUGGUCGCCGUUCGGUGACUCGAUCGUCGUCAUCAGCACGGACGGCGCGAGCUUCAAGAAGUUUAUGAGCUUCAAGAUGAUCGACUCGUGCAAACCCGGGAUGUUGGCCGAGAACGGCCACUACUUCCACAUGGCCGGCAUGACGUGGACGUUCACGUGCAGCGGCGCGGCUGCGGGCGCGAUCACGAGCCUCAAGUGGGACGGCAAGUCGCGCACGGGCGACGUCAAGGACGACGACAAGCUCAACCUCGCGCUCUCGACGUACAUGAAGGGUCUCUUUGACCAGGCGGGCGGCAAGGCCAAGUGGAUCGUUGACCCGAACGAGGCGACGCGCAUCGAAGCCAUCUUGGAAGCGUUCAUCAAGAAGAACAACGACAGCGUCUGCCCCAAGCUCGAGGGCCGCAACAAGGUCGUCCCGCCCUCGUAA